CUCCUCUACUCUUUCUUCUUCAUCUUCUUCCCUUCAACCUAUGCAAAGAAAACUCUAACCUAACCCUCAGUUCCUCUCCCUCCCUGAAGCCAGUGAAGUGAACCUUACUCUUUCUCAAUCUCACAUCCUCACUCAGCCUCCGCAGAGCUGCAGAGGCACUUUCUCUCUCUCACACUCACGAUUGCCGGCUCCUCUGCCUCCUCGUCGCCUCAGCCACCUUUGUCGCUGCGUCGUCGCCUCGCCUCAGCUUGAUUUCUCUCCUCUCACAGGUUCCCGUCACCGCGCCGCACGCGUCUCCCUCUGCGUCACCGCGCCGCACGCGUCUCCCUCUCCCUCUCCCUCAACCAAAGAGAAACCCUAGCCUCCUCCACCGCCGCAAGGAGUUCGCCGCUGCCGCCGUCCGUCGCACGCAGCAUGGGCUUCUCUCUUCGUCUUGUCUACAAUCAGUGGCGCUAAGCCAAUCCCCUUCUCUCCUUCUCCAGAACUCAGAACUCAACCUCAAGUCCUCAACCAAAGAAAAAGUUGAAAACCCUAGCCUCUGCCGCCGUCCGUCCGUCCAUCCGUCUAGCCACUGCCGCCGUCCGUCGCACGCAGGUCUUCUCUCUUCGUCCUGUUCUCCCCGUCUCCAACCCCUGCUCCCUUCUUCCGCAAGCUCGGCCCAUGCGUCGUCUUCAUCUGCUCGCCGUCCUGCUCGCUGUCGUGUGGUCGGCGUCGUCAGUCGCGGCAACGUACUCUGCCCAGAGCCCCAGACUUCGAAGGAAAUUCUUUGAGGUAUAUGAGAAUUAAGAAGGAAGACUAUUCCAACGGACCGAUUUUAUCGGUUCAAUUAGUGAUCUAUCGGUUGAACCAAUAAACUAGUGAAUCAGGAGUCUGACCGAUUCGAUCACCAGUUCGGUUCUGAAGACUAUGUUUAUAGUUUCUUUUUUGUGGAAUGAAUCGUGUUCUUCUUCCGAAACAUGUCGCUGCGGUAAUAAAAUCCCAAAAGAACCCUCUUAGGGCAUUGGAAAUGUUCAACUCGGUGAAAACCGAGGAAGGGUUCAAGCAUACGCUUUUAACAUACAAAUGCAUGGUUCAGAAGCUUGGUCUCCACGGCGAGUUCGAGAACAUGGAGAACAUUCUCUCGGAGAUGAGAACCAACCUCGACAACGCGAUUCUAGAAGGAGCGUAUGUCGAAGCCAUGAGGAGCUACGGAAGAAGAGGGAAAGUUCAGGAAGCUGUUGACACGUUCGAGCACAUGGACCUCUUCAACUGCGACCCUUCCGUACACUCCUACAACGCUAUCAUGAACAUUCUGGUUGAGCACGGGUACCACAACCAAGCGCAUAAGGUUUACAUGAGGAUGAAGGAUAGAGGGGUUUGUUCCGAUGUGUGCACCUACACCGUGAGGAUCAAGUCGUUUUGUAGAACUAGGAGACCCCAUGCUGCUCUUAGGCUUCUUAAGAACAUGCAUUUCAUGGGGUGUAAUUCGAAUGCAGUGGCGUAUUGUAACGUUGUUGAAGGGUUUUAUGAAUCCGGGUGUUUUGAUGAUGCGCGUGAGGUGUUUGAUGAAAUGCUCGAGAGACUUUUGUUUCCUGAUGUUACAACUUUUAACAAGCUUGCUCAUAGGCUCUGUAAAAAGGGGAUUGUGGGAGAGAGUGAAAGGCUUCUGAGCAAGGUUUUAAAGAGAGGGGUUAAUCCCAAUUUGUUUACUUUUAAUAUAUUUAUUCAAGGGCUUUGUAAUGGAGGUCAUAUUGAUGGUGCUGUUAGGUUGCUUGGUGUUGUGGCGAGAGAAGGUUUGAGUCCUGAUGUUGUCACAUAUAACACUUUGAUUUGUGGGCUUUGUAGGAAUUCUCAGGUUGUCAAAGCUGAGGGAUACUUGCAUAAGAUGGUUAAUUGUGGGUUUGAGCCUGAUGGUUUCACCUAUAAUACUAUUAUUAAUGGAUACUGCAAGACUGGGAAGGUGCAAGAUGCUAAUAGGAUUCUGAAGGAUGCAGUUUUUAAGGGCUUCCAGCCUGAUGAGUUUACUUAUUGUUCCUUGAUCAAUGGAUUGUGCCAGGAUGGUGAUCCUGAUCAAGCCAUGGCUAUUUUUAAGCAUGGAAUUGAGAAGGGUUUGAGGCCAAGCAUUGUUGUUUACAAUACCAUGAUUAAAGGGUUGUCUCAGUUGGGUCUGAUUUUGCCAGCUUUGCAGUUGAUGAAGGAGAUGGCAGAAAAUGGCUCUCACCCUAAUAUGUGGACUUACAAUUUAGUCAUAAAUGGACUGUGCAAGAUGGGUUGUGUAUCUGAUGCCAAUGAUCUUGUCAAUGAUGCUAUUGCCAAAGGAUGCCUACCUGACAUUUUUACCUUCAAUACUUUGAUUGAUGGCUACUGUAAACAGCAGAAGUUAGACACUGCAAUUGAGAUGGUAAAUAGAAUGUGGAGCCAAGGUGUGACUCCUGAUGUUAUCACAUACAAUACUUUGUUGAAUGGGCUUUGCAAGGCUGCGAAAAGUGAUGAAGUAAUGGAGAUCUUCAAGGCUAUGGCGGAGAAGGGAUCCGCUCCAAACAUAAUUACAUACAACAUUAUCAUUGAAUGCCUUUGUAAAGAUAAGAAAGUAAAUGAAGCUUUGGAUUUGCUCGGGGAUAUGAGAAGCAAGGGUUUGGCACCUGAUGUGGUUAGUUUUGGCACAUUGAUCACUGGUUUCUGUAAGAUUGGGGAUCUUGAUGGUGCUUACAGCUUAUUUAGAAGGAUGGAAAAACAAUACAAUGUUUAUCAUACAACAGCAACAUAUAACAUUGUACUUUGUGCGUUUUCUGAACAGCUCAACAUGAAAAUGGCAGUAAAGCUCUUCUCUGAGAUGAAGCGAAAUGGCUGUGAACCAGAUAACUAUACCUAUAGGGUCAUGAUUGAUGGCUUUUGCAAAACUGCAAAUGUUACACAAGGGUAUAAUCUUCUAGUGGAAAAUAUUGAAAAGGGGUUUAUUCCAUCGCUAAUUACAUUUGGACGAGUUCUAAAUUGUCUUUGCAUGGAGGACAAGCUUCAUGAAGCAGUUGGUAUCAUCAACCUUAUGAUCGGAAAGGGUAUCGUCCCGGAUAUUGUAAAUACAAUCUUUGAAGCUGAUAAAAAGGUGGUUGCAGCACCCAAGAUUGUUGUAGAAGAUUUGUUGAAGAAAGGCCACAUAACUUACCAUUCCUAUGAACUACUAUUUGAUGGCAUUAGAGAUAGGAAGAUACUUAAGAAAACGCUUCCAACAGUGAAGUCUCAUGAUCGAAGGGCCACGUCAGCAGCUGUUACUUAAGAAAAUUGCUGAUUCUACUAGAAGAAUCCUGCCAAAAUGGUAGGAAGUUUCAUGGUGGAAAAUCUUCUUUACAUUUGGGAAAGAAAAACAAAAAGAGGAACCGGGAAUAUCAAGGAAUCUAGACAUGAAAACGUGAUUAUUCAUGUCAAGCACAUCACCAACUUUCAUAGCAAGAAAUUGAAGGGGCACAAAGUAUGAUGUGUCUUCUGCUUGGAGUGUCACUUAAACCAAAUUUUGGCCACGAGUGUGUGAGUGUGAGAGAAUAUAACAUGUACAGAGAAAUCAGAAAUCUAAUUGUUUUGUAAUAACUCAAGAAACAAAAAAAAAAAAGGAUAUUUAAAUUUAAUGCCAUGACGAAAGUUGUCUUCAGUUCUUCAUGUUAUAUUAUUACAAAAUUCAUUAAAA